AUGUGGGAUGAAGAGGAGUGGUGGAAAAGAGACAAAUGCGUGGGCGGGAGAAAGAAGAGGGAGGGGAAAAUGAGAAAGCAUGAUGAUUCGGUAACGCCCAAAUGCAAUGGGAGCAGUAGCAGUAGUAGUAGUAGUAGUGAAUUAUACAAUGCUAAUAUGCUGGUAUCUAUUCCAUUUAUGCAUUAUUUUAUCUGCAAUAUUAUUCUAAUAUGUAUUUAUCAUCAAUCAACAACAGUAUACGGUAUGAAUAUGAUAUUAAAUGAUAGCACAAUGAUAGUGCAAAAACGUUUCCCGCAAGCAAUUAUUAUUGGUGUUAAAAAAGCAGGUACACGAGCACUUUUAGAAUUCCUUCGUCUUAAUCCAGCAAUUAAAGCACCUGGACCAGAAAUAGGUUAUAUUAUUAAAUGGUAG